GGAUGCAGUGGGUGCAUUAUUUCUGUAGGUGGGCAGGUUCCCAAUAACUUGGCAGUGCCACUGCACCAGAGCGGAGUAAAGAUCCUUGGCACAAAUCCUUUGCAGAUUGACCAGGCAGAAGACCGCUCCAUGUUCUCAGCUGUUCUGGAUGAGCUGCAUGUGGCUCAGGCUCCCUGGAAGGCAGUCAACACACUGAGAGAUGCAGUUGAAUUUGCAAACUCUGUGGGUUACCCAUGUUUGCUGAGGCCUUCCUAUGUUCUGAGUGGGUCUGCAAUGAAUGUGGUAUUCACUGAAGAGGAAAUGAGGAGGUUCUUAGCAGAAGCCACCAGAGUCUCUCAGAAUCACCCUGUGGUACUCACUAAGUUUAUUGAAGAUGCCCGUGAGGUGGAAAUGGAUGCUGUAGCCAAGGCAGGAAGAGUUAUUGCACACGCUAUUUCAGAGCACGUGGAGGACGCAGGAGUUCACUCUGGAGAUGCCACUCUUGUGUUACCUGCACAGACUAUUAGCCAGGGAGCCUUGGAAAAGGUAAAAGCUGCUACAAAAAAGAUUGCAAAUGCCUUUGCCAUCUCGGGUCCAUUCAACAUUCAGUUCCUGGUGCGAGGCAAUGAUGUGCUGGUGAUAGAGUGCAACUUGCGGGCUUCACGCUCCUUCCCUUUCGUGUCAAAGGCUCUGGGUGUGGACUUCAUCGAUGCGGCUACAAAAGUGAUGAUUGGAAAAGAGGUUAAUGAGUCAUCACUCCCCACACUGGAACUUCCCAUGAUUCCAUCCACAUAUAUUGGGAUUAAGGCCCCAGUGUUUUCGUGGUCUCGGCUGAGAGAUGCUGAUCCUGUUCUCCGAUGUGAAAUGGCCUCUACUGGGGAGGUCGCAGGCUUCGGGGAGGAUGUGUACUCUGCCUUCCAGAAGGCUAUGCUGGCCACAGGAUUUACAUUUCCUAAGGAAGGAAUUUUGAUUGGAAUCCAGAAGUCCUUCCGCCCCAGAUUCCUCAGCAUAGCAGAACUACUGCACAAGGAAGGUUUUAAGCUUUAUGCCACAGAAGCAACCUCGGACUGGCUCAAUGCUAACGAUAUCCCAGCAAAUCCUGUGGCAUGGCCAUCGCAGGAAAACCAGAGGUCAAGCCUCCCUCCAGUCAGGAGGCUGGUAAGGGAUGGGAAAAUUGAUCUGGUGAUUAACCUGCCUACCAGUAACACCAAGUUUGUCCAUGAUAAUUAUGUGAUCCGGAGGAUGGCUAUUGACAGCGGGAUUGGUCUGCUCACUAAUUUCCAGGUGACAAAGCUUUUUGCUGAAGCUAUCAAAUACUCCGGGAAAUUGGACUCCAGGAGUCUCUUCCACUACAGGCAUUUUGGCAAUGGAAACACUGCAUAG